AAGAUGUAAACAUGGCGGACGACGACGACACCGACGGCAGACCAGCUGUCGAAGAGAUUCAGCCGAUGGCAGAGGACAAACCAAACUAUUCCACACAAAAUUACAGCUUUGAUCGAUGGGUGCUGGUUCACUUCUUUACAAUAUUCAGCUUUAGUUUCCUACUGGGCAUCAUUAUUAUACACUCAAGUCUACUGUGGCACAGAUAUCAGUCUGUUUCCAACAGCCAGGACAAUAACGAGUUUGUAUCUUCGCUGCUUGAUGAAUAUUAUGGAAAAGAAUACGGCAAACACACACAGACAUUUGAACUGAAAGUGAACACAUCAGUAUUCAUGUCCUGAUAGGACUUACAAAAUGAAGAGAAAAAAAAAGAAUAGUGGUAAUGGGACAUUCUUAUUUAUGCCCGAAACAUAAUAUACUUGUAUAAAAUCUACUCUAUGUGGGGCAGCAUUAUAAUGCAAACAAUACGCCCAAAUUAUGAAUACAGAAAAAAAAGAGGUCCAAUUGUGGAGGGAAUCUGUAAGGGAGCCAGAUGGUUGAUUUUGACCUCGAGCUGUAGGUUAGAGAUCAUACAGAUUCUGAAGACUGAGGUUUUUUAAGCUGGACCUGCAGUUUAAAAGGGACUUUAACCCCAUCCCAGUAUAUGGGUAUGAGCUUUACUGCUAUGCCAAGGAUGUUAAAAAAUAAGACAUAACAAGGUUGAAGCCGUUUUUUUUUUUUAAUUAAUGAAGCAAAUUGUCAUGUUACCUUAAAGGCUUUGUUCGUCUGCAAAGGAAAUUGAAAACAACAGGAAAAUCUUCAGUUAAUGCCUGUAAGGGAAAAAGGAUUCAGUGAUGGAGGCUUAAAUGAUGUAGACAAGGUCUAAAAUGACAAGAAGCAAGGGCUUAAAUGGAAUGAGGACUUUUGCCGUGACAUGAAAUAAGGAUUUGAGUGGGGUGAUAUUCUAUUAUAACAGGAGAUGGAGGACAUGACGCGCAGUAAAUCGAAAGAGAUAGCCCAGGGCAAAAUAAAACUUGGGUGUUAUCGGCAGCGGGCUUCAAUUUCAACAGGAAAAGGCUGUGAAGACAUAAAGGCCAGAAAUAUCAAAACUACACAUAAAGUAUUGUGGAGAUGAAGAUAAAUUUAAACUGUGGCGGUUACUGUAUUAGGAAACGGAGUCUUAGAUCCUUUCUGCAUUUGGCAGUACAGUUUUCUGUGUCACACCAAAUUUACUAGUUCCAACAGGUCUGCCCCCAAAUGUACCAAUCAAAAAUAAUCUGGUGAACCGACCAUGUCAAGCGCUGGGGCCUUUUUUUUGUGACUUAGGCAGCAUUCACAACAGCAGACUAAUGGAUCUGCAGACAAAAUGUGGUCGACCUACUUGGAUGCUCUUCGCGUAAUCUCCACAGGGAAUCCAUUCGGUGUCUAUUAGCAGAUUAUGCGGCAAACUAUGAAGUGUGUUUGCCAUAUUUGAUCAGCGGAUCUGUUAGUCAGCUGUUGAGAAUGCUGCCUUUUCUUAUGUACUAUCCAGGUUAUAAUGUUAUCAGUCUUUCAGACUGGCGUGAUACAGAAAACUGAAUUGCUGGAUGUGAAAAAAACAGGACUAAAUUAUGUGAAGUACAGGGACCUAUUUCACAGUGCUUGCUAAAUAUCUUUUUUUUUUUAAUGUGCAGAUAGGUUUGGCAAAUGGCACUGUUAUGACAAUACUUAGCCAGCACUGGCUUUGUGAAACCUGGCCCAAAUUUCCAACUCAGAGUUCCUUUUAAUCCCUUUGAAGCAGCAAUGUUAUUUGUGAUACAAUAUGUACAUAUUAACGAAAUGUCCUAUUUAUUUUCAGACUAUGUUUAUUUUUCUUGGGCCUAUACUAAGGAACGUACUAUACCAUAUUACUUACAGGGUGAUUUUUGCUUUGCUUUUGGGCGAUAUGUAUCUGAAGCUUUAAAAAUUUCAAAAUUGAAGUUUGUAACUGAGAAUAUCAGGAGUAAGAAUGACUUGUUCUGAAUAUUUGAAAGUUCCAAGUAUCAUUUUCCUCAAGAGGUGAUGAUACUAUCACUGUUGCUAUGUAAACGGCAUUGUUGCUAUAUGCUAACAGUACUGUUGCUAGGUUACAGGUACUGUUGCUAGGUAACUGGUCAAUGUUGCUAUGUUACCAGUGUGUUUGCUUGGCUUUUUGCACUAUACUGCUUUAUUCAGAGUGAUCUCAAUUUUUUUAAUCAUGAUGCAUUUUGAUAAUGCAGAUUCCCAAGGAAGAAAAAAAAAAAAAA